CCGAACGCGGGAGAAGAGUGCGCGGGAAGACAGUUUCGACCCGGCUCGGCGGCCGUAGCGACCCAUUCAACCCCUACAAUCCCUACCGGCCUCCGCUUCCUCCGCUUUUGCAUCCCUGACUCCCUGAGGUCUCCCGAAUCACACAAGAGGAAACAAAGCAGCUCACGCCGCCGCCAUGUCCGAGGCUUAUUUCCGGGUGGAGUCGGGUGCGCUGGGCCAUGAGGAGAACUUUCUUUCCUUGGACGACAUCUUGAUGUCCCACGAGAAGCUCCCGGUGCGCACAGAAAUUCCCAUUCCACGCCUCGGCGCUUUCUUCCCGGAGCGGAGCGGAGGGGCCGACACCGACAACACCAUCCCUCAGGGCUCAAAGCUGGAACUCCCCUUGUGGCUGGCAAAAGGACUUUUUGACAACAAGCGGCGGAUCCUCUCUGUGGACCUUCCCAAGAUCUACCGAGAGGGUUGGAGGACUGUGUUCAGCGCAGAUGCCAACGUGGUGGACCUCCACAAAAUGGGGCCCCAUUUCUACGGGUUUGGCUCCCAGCUCCUGCAUUUUGACAGCCCAGAGAAUACAGACAUUUCCCAGUCUCUCCUCCAGACAUUUAUUGGACGUUUUCGCCGCAUCAUGGACUCCUCCCAGAAUGCGUACAAUGAAGACACUUCGGCACUGGUCGCCCGGCUGGACGAGAUGGAGAGGGGCUUAUUCCAAAUGGGGCAGAGAGGCCUGAACGACUUUCAGUGUUGGGAGAAGGGGCAGGCUUCUCAGAUCACAGCGUCCAACCUGGUUCAGAACUACAAGAAGAGAAAGUUCACCGACACGGAAAACUGAAGGCCGCAGACACAGCAUCGCCCCUCGUAGACUGGACCCUCUGUGGCCUUGGGAAGAGCCUGGUCGGCCCUGGAAAGGGCCAGCCUUGACGUGGCUUGUUCCCUGCAGCUGUCUCGGGAGCAGUGUCAUCCUGUUGGGAUAGGACGUGCUGGAGGAUGUCCCUGGCCCCGGAAGUCUUCCAGGACUGUCCCACCCUGCCGACCCCAGCCCAGGCCUCCCUCGCCCAAGAAGCCACAGCUGAGGAGCCAUCAACGUCCUUUAUCCAUAAAGAUCGGAAGACAUAGGUUGCAGUAGAGUUGGAACUGGAGUUCCUUGUGCCUGGGAGGGACUUGACGGCCUGAGAUGUCCACCUUCUCUUGCUCAGAGUCAUCUAAGUCUGUUCACGGAAUGUUCUCUCGCGCGGAAUUGCUCCAUCUUCCUGGUUGUGCAAAGGCAGCGCCCCCAGGAUGCUGGACGUGUAAAUAUAUCUUGCCCCUGCCUGUGGGGAGUUACCCCAAUUUCCAAAAACAGCCGUGAAGAAGAAGGAAGGAUGCCCAGCCAGUGUUGCUCAGGAGUUG